AUGCAAUGCCUCAUCUAUGACGAGGUCUCAAUGCUCAACGAUAGCUUCUUCGGUCAGAACGCCACGAAACUGCAGAAGAACCGAAAGACAACGUCGAUGACACCGAGGACGUGUCUGCAUGUGCACUUGGAAAUUCGGCUCAAGGACUCCGGUGCCGUGCCGUAUUCGGCCAAGGAGGUUGGGGUGUAUCUUAUCUAUCUGAUAAAAGAGGUGGCCGAAUGUCACCCCGCGUAAGCACCGAGGGAGAGACGGAGUGGGGAAUACCUACCCAUCCCUUUUGUGCCUGUCUUGGGUUCAGUGAUGCGGAGGCAUUCAGUCUCAACCCAAACGUGCACUACACGUUCGCCAACUUCCUCAUGGCCGAGAUUCAGCACGGCUUUCGUCUGCUGGACGAUUUACGUGUUGAGAACGGUGACGGUCCGUAUUACAUCGCCAACUACCGAGCGGCCCUGAUCUCGACAACGUCAAUGACGUCGAGCAUCUUUGCCAAGCCUGUUCUCUACCACCCCUUCGAGAAAGGCAAGAAGAAAAAGGCGACGCGACGGCGGGCUAUAUCAAGUAGCUCCUCCUACCAUUGAGUAUUUGAGACGGGAUUACAAGGAGGUCAGCCGACGAUGUCAUACACAUUUUAUGCAUUGGAGGUGAUCCCACCCCCUCCCCAUCCCCCUUCUCCGAUUUCGGAAAUGUUUUUGGACUAGUCAGCGAAGGGCAUUCAUGACACUGCUAUGGUCUCACCAAUGUAUUGGGGUUAGUCAAGGAAGGGCAUUCAUGGUGCUGCUGUGGUGGUGCUUUUAUUCGCCCACAGGCACCCCCCCAGGCACAGUCCUAGAACACAUGCUACGAAUAGACAUCCAUAGCUUGUAUUCUUCAUGCUACCGGCCGCUCCUCCUUUCUGCUCCUCUCUGUGCAUGUGAAAUGUGAACGCUCUGAAUGAGACACAAGUCAGACAAUCAACUGCCAUGCAUCUGUCGGACCGGUGGGC